UGAGGGGAAUCAAAUAUGAAAGAGUAAGCGAGAUAGAAGUUCAGAUGGCGUUACUGAUCAACUUAUUUAUUUCGCGCCAUUGAACUGGAAAGGCAGAGAAGAUGUUCUAGAUACUUUGAAGUGUUUGAUUGACCAAUCAGGACAGGAGUAAAAAAUUUUCUAACCUGCGAGUCGUCUUCUCUCCGAUUGCAAUAAAUAUUGUAAAAGCAUGUCGGGCCCGGUUGCACACAGGAAUGUUGGACCACUGCUACAAAUGUUUCGAGAUUUAGUCCGUGGUAAGAAAAUUGUGAUAGCAAUUAGAUUUGCUGAUGAACAAGCAGCGCGUACUCAACCUCCACCACAGAUACCAGGAGGUCCAUAUCAUAAGACCUCUCAGAUUUAUUAUUACAGUCGAGACGCGAGACGGGAAGUUGAACCACCAUUGUUGAUUAGUGGAUCAAAGCAGAUUGGCACAGAGAAUGAGUCUCCAGCUGAAGAAAAAUAUCUUACUCCAGGAAAAGCUUACAAUUGGGAUUAAUUUCAUAAAAAAUUGAACUAGAGGAUAUUAUAUUGAUGUAAUAUAUCAUUUAGUGAUAGAUGUUUCUGACAUAAUUAUUGUACAUAGCAAAUAAAUUAAGUUUCUUAAUA